AUGGGUGUGGAAUCAUAAUAAUCUCCUGUCUUAAAUAAUGGAGAUGAAAAGAAAAAACCGAAUUUUGUUCAUAUACCAAUUUAUGAUGUUUAAACAUCUCAUAAAUACCCUAACUCAGCAGAAUAAGUCGAAUCUGAUGAAUAAAUAGUUUAAAUUGAUGAACGAUGGUAUGCCAAAAAUGAAAAUUAUAAGCCAUUAACAGCAGAUCAAAGACCUGGUUUUAUUAGGAAAGUUUACAGCAUAAUGAUAUUACAAUUACUGUUGACAGUUGCGGCAUGUUGCCUUUCAUACUUCUGGAUUCCCUAUCGCGAUUUCUAGAAUGAGUAUUCAGGUUGGGUUUACUUGGCAAUUGCAGUAGCAAUCAUUAUUGAGAUUAUUUUAUUGUGGAUACCAAAAUAUUCGUGGAGAGUACCUCAUAACUACUUGUUUGUCUUUGUUUUCACCCUUGCUGAAAGUUACACUAUUUCGCAACUUUGUAGUUAUGUUUUCAACAAAUAUAGAUUUAUCGUUUUAAUGGCUGCUGCCCUUACUCUAGCUGCAGUAAUUGGACUCACUCUUUACGCAUGCAAAACCAAAAAAGAUUUCACUACCAAAGGGGCCUUUUUAUUUAUGGCAAGUACUUCUUUAUUUCUUUUUGCGAUAUUAUCCGGAGUCUACUACGAUCAAGCCAUGAGUCUACUCUAUUCUUUGAUUUCGAGCAUGCUCUUUGGAAUCUACCUGAUAUAUGACACCUAAUUAAUCAUAGGAGGAAGUACUCAUAAAUUAUCGAUUGAUGACUACAUCAUAGGAGCCAUGUUCAUAUACAUAGAUAUCAUCUAUCUAUUCGCUCACAUUGUGUUAAUCAUUAUUGCAUGCUUCAAAUGA